AUGCAGCCAGUCCUCAAAGCUGAGAGUGUGGUCUCCAGCCUGCAGCUCCCAGAGCCUCUGGCCCAGGUUUCCCCAGCCCCACCCAGGUUCCUCCUGGUCUUCUCCUGCCUUGUUCUCUCAGUGUUUUCCACCAUCAAGGAGUAUGAGAAGAGCUCAGAGGGUGCCCUGUAUAUCCUGGAAAUCGUGACCAUCGUGGUAUUUGGUGUGGAGUACUUUGUGAGGAUCUGGGCGGCUGGCUGCUGUUGCCGGUACCGAGGCUGGAGGGGGAGGCUCAAGUUUGCCAGAAAGCCCUUCUGUGUGAUUGACAUCAUGGUGCUCAUUGCCUCCAUCGCUGUGCUGGCUGCUGGCUCCCAGGGGAAUGUCUUCGCCACCUCUGCGCUCCGGAGCCUGCGCUUCCUGCAGAUCCUGCGCAUGAUCCGCAUGGACCGGAGGGGGGGCACCUGGAAGCUGCUGGGCUCGGUGGUCUAUGCGCACAGCAAGGAGCUGGUGACUGCCUGGUACAUCGGCUUCCUUUGCCUCAUCCUAGCCUCGUUUCUGGUGUACCUGGCAGAGAAGGGGGAGAACGACCACUUUGACACCUACGCAGACGCACUCUGGUGGGGCCUGAUCACCCUGACGACCAUUGGCUACGGGGACAAGUACCCUCAGACCUGGAACGGGCGGCUCCUGGCGGCGACCUUCACCCUCAUUGGCGUCUCUUUCUUCGCUCUGCCUGCCGGCAUUCUGGGGUCUGGCUUUGCCCUGAAAGUCCAGGAGCAGCACCGGCAGAAGCACUUCGAGAAGCGGCGGAACCCAGCGGCCGGCCUCAUCCAGUCUGCCUGGAGGUUCUAUGCCACCAACCUGUCUCGCACAGACCUGCACUCCACAUGGCAGUAUUACGAACGCACGGUCACCGUCCCCAUGUACAGCUCGCAAACUCAAACCUACGGGGCCUCCAGACUUAUCCCACCCCUCAACCAGCUGGAGCUGCUGAGAAACCUCAAGAGCAAAUCUGGCCUCACCUUCAGGAAGGAGCCUCCGCCAGAGCCAUCACCAAGUAAAGGCAGACCGUGCCAAGGGUGCCUGUGUGGAUGCUGCCCGGGACACUCUAGUCAGAAGGUCAGUUUGAAAGAUCGUGUCUUCUCCAGCCCCCGGGGAGUGGCUGCCAAGGGGAAGGGGUCUCCCCAGGCCCAGACGGUACGGCGCUCUCCCAGUGCUGACCAGAGCCUGGACGACAGCCCCAGCAAGGUGCCCAAGAGCUGGAGCUUCGGUGACCGCAGCCGGGCCCGGCAGGCCUUCCGCAUCAAGGGUGCGGCGUCCCGCCAGAACUCGGAAGAAGCAAGUCUCCCCGGGGAGGACAUCGUGGAGGACAACAAAAGCUGCAACUGCGAGUUUGUGGCGGAGGAUCUGACCCCGGGCCUCAAAGUCAGCAUCCGAGCUGUGUGGAUAGAUAUGAUUGUGGGCCCCCCACCCCCUUCAACUCCCCGGCAUAAGAAGUACCCCGCCAAAGGACCCACGGCCCCUUCGAGAGAGUCACCCCAGUACUCACCUAGGAGGACGGGCAGGGCCUGGCCCCACGAUGCUGAACUCACGCUCGGGGGCCGGGUCUCUGUUCCUGGCAGAGUGGACCAGAUCGUGGGGCGGGGCCCGGCGAUAACCGACAAGGACCGUGCCAAGGGCCCGGCGGAGGUGGACCUGCCCGAGGACCCCAGCAUGAUGGGACGGCUCGGGAAGGUGGAGAAGCAGGUCUUGUCCAUGGAGAAGAAGCUGGACUUCCUGGUGAGCAUCUACACUCAGCGCAUGGGCAUCCCCGCGGCCGAGACCGAGGCUUACUUUGGGGCCAAGGAGCCGGAGCCGGCGCCCCCCUACCACAGCCCCGAGGACAGCCGAGAGCACACGGACAAGCACGGCUGCAUCAUCAAGAUCGUGCGCUCCACCAGCUCCACCGGCCAGAGGAACUACGCCGCGCCCCCGGCCGCGCCCCCGGCCCAGGGCCCCCCGUCCACCUCGUGGCAGCAGCAGGGCCACCAGCGGCACGGCGCCUCCCCGGUCGGGGACCACGGUUCCCUGGUGCGCAUCCCGCCGCCCCCCGCGCACGAGCGGUCCCUGUCUGCGUACAGCGGUGGCCACCGGGCCAGCACCGAGUUCCUGAGGCUGGAGGACGCCCCGGCCAGCCGGCCGCACGAGGCGCUGCGGGACAGUGACACGUCCAUCUCCAUCCCGUCCGUGGACCACGAGGAGCUGGAGCGGUCCUUCAGCGGCUUCAGCAUCUCCCAGUCCCGGGAGAACCUGGACGCCCUCAGCAGCUGCUACGCAGCCGUGGCGCCGUGCGCCAAAGUCAGGCCCUACAUCGCCGAGGGCGAGUCGGACACGGACUCGGACCUCUGCACGCCCUGCGGGCCGCCGCCGCGCUCCGCCACGGGCGAGGGCCCCUUUGGCGACGUGGGCUGGGCCGGGCCCAGGAAGUGA